GUGGUGAUCCUCCGGGGGCUUGGCAGCGUUGACCUAGAUCCGUGGGAGGGCCUGGACGUGGACGACGGAUCUCUUUUGACAACAACAGUCUACCUGUCAUUCCUGCUGCAGAGGUUUGAACCCCUGUUUUACCACAAGAGCUUUGAUCGCUUUGUCCCCUGGGAACAGCGUGAGAAGACCAUGGUCUUCAGUUGCACCAUGGGCUGCAGCGCCCACAACCUCACUGCCAAAGAGGUCAAGCUAGCCCUGGUGCAUGCUUCCCUAGAUGGCAAGAGAUAUAGCUGGUACCUAACCGAGUUUCGGGAUGAGGAUGCGAAUUCCCCGAUUAUCUAUGCUAGAACAAAGCUUCGGAAGUCACCCACUUACCGCGUGCCGUGGCUGACAGUCACUCCUGGAGGCGAUAUCAAGCCGAGCGAUUUGGAGGAUGUUCAUCUUAUCACCGCUUGGGAUGCUUUGCGAUUUGAUACACCUUUGAAGUGGGGUGUCACAGUCCGGAUGCUCAAUAAACCAAACAGUUUAGACCGUUGCCAUGAAAACAUCUCUAUGCCUUCUCAGUCACAUACAGUUAUAUGA